AUGUUCUUGAACAAACGAAAAACUCGACCUCGAGAUCCAUUGACGGUUGACAUGACCAAGAGGCUUGAGGACUUUGUUCAAGACCCCCGGGCAUUGGCAAGGGACAGAGUUGCUGCAGGCUGCUUCUUGUUGUGCCUCUACAUGCGGGCCCGAUAUAGCGACAUGCUGGUCAUGGAGAACCUGCUAGCUGAUGAAAUUGAAUUUGAUGGCGUGCCAGGUGGGUACAUUGAAGCCUCAGUCUCGAGAUCGAAGACUUCGUAUACAACUGAGCGCAAGACGCGUCUGUUGCCUAUGGCAGCGCCCAGGCUUGGCGUUGGAGGCACGGAUUGGUUCAAAGGUUGGCAACGUGCGUGCAUUGAGAGUGGAGUCCCAAAGGGCGCAGGCAUCCCUCUCUUGCCGGCACCAUCACGCCGAGGCUGGAACCGUGUACCGCUGAAGGCUUCAGACGCUGGUGACUGGCUCAGGAAGAUUUUACACGUAGCUGGGGUGCCUUGGGAGUCUCUGGAUAACACUGGAACACAUAGCCUCAAGGCUACAUGUUUGUCAUGGUGCGCCAAAUUUGGCGUUCUGCCGGAACACAGGCGGCAUCUUGGCUACCACACAGGUCCUGGAGAGAGCACCAUGCUUCUCUACUCGAGAGAUGCUGUGGCGCAACCUUUGCGUGACUUAGAACGUGUUCUUGGAUCCAUUCGAAGUCAACGAUUCAAGCCAGACAAUACCCGUUCAGGGUACUUCGUGGCUGCUGAAGAGGAGGAAGACGUGGUGCCUGAAGCAGAGCGUGAACCAUCGGUUGAAAUCUCUGACUCAUCUUCGGAGGAUUCAGCUGAUGAAGAGGAGAAAGGACUCGAUCUUGAAAAAGAAGAAUCUGCCCAGGAGGAGGUCCUUGACGAGUGGGCCGAGCAUGCACGGGUACCACAGUCCCCUGAGCAGUCGAACGAGAUUUUUAGAAACAAGCAGACUCGUUUUGUCCACUUGAUUGCCGAUGAAGCUGGUAACAGGUUCCAUUGCGGCAGGACAGUGACUGCCAGCUACUUCAGGUUGAUAGGCCUCCGAAUAGAAGGUAAGCUUGAGCCUAGUGACCGGUUGAUCGAUCGUGUCGUCUCGAUGUAUGAAGCGAACCGCUUGUCGUAUAUCGAGCUUUCAAAGUGUACCCACAAAGAGCAGGAGGUCCUGGUUGCAGGAUCCAAAGAAGACCGACAGCUCAGCAUCGAUGCAACAGGAAACGUGAAGAUCAAGGAUAAAGAGCUAAAACUUGAAGCCGACUUGAGCUCAGACUUGCUUGUUCGACAGGCUAUGCAGCGUCGGGGCCUUGCUUUUGACCAGGGUAACAUUUUGUCGUACCUCAUGCAUGAUCGUUGGAUUGAGAAAGUUUUCGACGCAAGACUUGAGAACCCGCCAGAUGGUUAUGGCCGAAUCACACAUCAGCAAGUAAUCAAUGCAGAUCGCAGACUGUUCGUUAAGCUUGCGGAAGCCACUCGCUCAGGAAUCCAGCUCACUGCAGGUGGGAGGCCGGUUGAACUCGCGUUUGAAGCCGCCAUGAACCAUCCUGAUGUCCUUCAUUUGUUGCAGCCCAUGCCAGUGGCCAGUUCUGUAACUCCAAAGCGCGAUCCUGACUUGCCUCAGGAUGAGUCCAAGCGCCGGCGCACCGAACAUCCAGGAGGUGCCAAAGGCCUUCAAGCCAGAGAUCAGGCCCGCGUUGACGCUGCCAAUGGCGUCUACUCUAGGACGGCUCAAUUCUUGCUCCACUGUACGCAGCAUGGCGUUUACUGGGCCAUUGAAAACCCACGACGCAGUCUCCUGUGGGAGAUUCCCUGCAUCGUUGACCUGUCACUUGUUGGGACCUUUGUUGACUUUGAUGCCUGUGCUUGGGGUUCUCAGCGAUUUGUCCAGCGAACCUUCCUCUCCACGCUGCCUCAUAUCUCGCAAUUGGCCGCCACCUGUCCUGGCAAUCAUCGCCACUUGCCAGUUGGGCGUAAGCGCAACGCCGAUGGCUCGAGGCGUUACGCCGCCAGUGCGGAGGCUGCUUAUCCGCGUGAAUUGUGCUUGAAAAUUGUUGACAUAGUCCGACAAAGUGUCCAACCUUCGACGUUCCUUUCCAGUUCCAGUCCCACGCAUGCAGACUGCCCUCGCAUGUCUCUGCCGGUAAAUGUGAAAGGGACCAUCGCCAUGCAAAAGCAACCUCGAGGGGCUAAACUUCUUACCCCCAUCGCGAAUUUGGGGAAGACGAAGAAAGCGAUAGGUUUUGGCUUGGUAGGCUCUCAGCCGGCCUCUGGACUUUUCGCCACUGAGUUUCGCCCGGCGUCCAUUUCCAAGGAGGAGCUGAAGAGUUGUGCUAAGUUCGUUAGGAAGUUGUCCAUAAUUGCCAUCAAAGACCCCAACACUCAGGAUGUUCAUUGCUUUGAAGGCAGGGUCUUGCCAUUCGGGGCCACGGCCAGUGUAGUGCACUUCAACAGGGUUGCAAGGUUCAUCCAAGCCGUUGGGCUGCAUCUUGACGUCAUCAUGAGUAAUUACUUUGAUGAUUACCCGGUCGUGUCGCCAGUCGCGCUCUCUAAGUCGAGCAUGGCGAGUGUGAUGAGCAUGCUUGACUUGUUGGGCUUCGCAUAUAGUAAAGACAAGCUGAAAGACUUCUCUGAACAGGUGCAAGUCCUUGGUGUUGUAGCUGACGUCGCGCAGGUGAACACUUUGGGAGUCAGGGUGUCCAAUAAGCCUUCACGGAUCAAGGAAGUUUCUGGUAUGAUUCAGGCCGUAAUAGGCAAUGGCAAGCUUUCCUUCACAGAGAGCAGUAAGUUGCUUGGCCGAAUUCAAUAUGCAGACAGCCAGAUCAUGGGUAGGACUGGUAGGCUUGCGAUGUGUGCCAUCCGCGAGUCGGUGAAGCGACAUGAAAACAUGUCCACGUUGUCCAGUGAGGCCUUGCAGUCUUUCCACGUCCUCCUCGAUAGGCUUAGCAACGGAGUGCCUAGGAUCGUUCCUUGCAAUGACUGCCUGCCGCCAGUUCUAGUGUUCACUGACGGGGCUAGUGAGGGUGACCUUCACACUGUGGGAGGCGUUCUGUUCGACCCCGAACUUGACAGGCCUGAGUUCUUCAGUGGGGUGCUGCCCCAAGCACUCGUAGAGGAUUGGCAGGAAUCCAUGAAGCACGUGAUAGGACCAGUUGAACUUUAUGCGGUUGUGCUUGCGCGCUCCGUGUGGAGCACGGCCCUGUCUCAGAGGCGGUGUGUGUUCUUUAUAGACAACUCGUCGGCGAUGGACGCUUGCAUAAAGGGCACCUCCCCGAGCCCUGCCUUUCGUAAGCUUCUUCUCGAGUUCGAACGUUUAGAACUCCGUGAACCAUGUUGGCCGUGGUUUACUCGUGUACCGUCCGAAUCCAAUGUGGCUGAUGGGCCAUCUAGAGGUGACUUCGCUAUUGUUUGUGACGUCUUUCAUGGACGACGUGUCGUGCCGUCUUGUCCGCUCACAGGGGCUGAACUUGUUGAGGUCUCAGGGACCUUGCCCUUGCCACCCUGA